UAAAGGACUGAUCCCAAUCUCUUAAUAUCGGUUGACGUGAUGACCGACCGCGACCAUGAGAAAUAGUUUUGCGGGAAUAUUAGAAGAGCAAGAGCAAAUAAGAUGGCAACAACUCCGACUGUGUUUUUGCUCAUGAUGAGCGGUCAGAUUGAAGGAGGAGAUUUUCCAGAGUUUGAUGAUUUGUACGUCAAAUACAACUUUGUUUAUGGUCCAGACUGGGUCAUUACAAGCGGUCUUGAGGAAGGUAUUUCACAGGUGUGUAAAAAAAACGUUUAUGGAAACCAAUACUUUGUGUGGAACUUCCCUCUAGAUGUGACAUUCAAGAGCACCAACCCAUAUGGCUGGCCUCAGUUGGUUUUGAGUGUGUAUGGUUUAGAUGCUUUUGGAACAGCUGUUGCCAGGGGGUAUGGAGCAGUACACAUACCUAUCACACCAGGAAGGCAUUCCAGAAUAGUUCCGAUGUUUGUACCAGAAGCUUCUUCAAGAUUCCAGAAGUUCUUAGGAUGGUUCAUGGGAAGGAGGCCUGAGUAUGUUGAUACGAAUGUGGUUGCUAGAGGAGAGGGCAGAGAAGUAACCCGAGUCCGCUCCCAGGGUAGCAUCAAGUGUCAGUUCAACAUCAUCUCAAGAGACAUGAAGAAGCUUGGUUACGAUGCCACGCCCAACACCAUGACCACACCCAAUGGAGUAUCCAGUCUACCAAGCAGUUCCGCACCUGGGGCAGGGGCAUCAGCAGAACCCUCAUCUAAUAGGGACGGUGACCAUUCAUGACACGCCCAACACCAUGACCACACCCAAUGGAGUAUCCAGUCUACCAAGCAGUUCCGCACCUGGGGCAGGAGCAUCAGCAGAACCCUCAUCUAAUAGGGACGGUGACCAUUCAUGACAGGGUCAACAUUAAGAUCUUAAAUCAGGCAGUGAUUGUUUGUAGAGGCAAAGUAAAGACUUGAUGUUGAGUGAAUUCUAACUUACUUGGCAUUAUCCCAAGAAUGGAGAAAUUGGAGUGUCUACUCAAUCCAACAAAUCAUUUUUACCAAGAGGAAACAAAAGAGUAACCCUAGAUAAUGGGCGUAAAAUUUAUCUAUUUCUCAUAUUUGUUAAUAUUUUUAUCAUUCCUGUUGAGAAACUUCUUCUUUCUUUUUGUUCCCUUUUUUGUUGUUGAGCAGUGCUCCAGGAAAUGAUAAGAAAACCCUGGAUGUGCUGUGUGUGUCAAGUCACUAAAUACUCUUGAAAUAUAGAUUUAUAAAUGGGCCAGUCUAUAGCAAAAUACUGUACCACAGCCAGCCUAUUUUAUACUACGGGUAUCAAGUGAAAUAAAGAGUUUUCUAUUGCCUGAAACCAGGCAGUAGUUCAUAUUUCAUCCUUCUAAAACACCCCUCGGAUACACUCCUGUGACAAUAGCUCACCUGUAUCCAAAGUUUCUUUCAGUAAUAUAAUUUUAAAAUAUUUUGAAUUCAUAAUACAAUAACAAUGUCUCUCUUUCUCUCUUUCCUUCCUUCUGCCGACAAUGUUAGAAUCCAAACCACCUUCUUGAAAUAUUAUCCCCUCGUUACUUGACUAUUGCCUGUCAAGGAAAUAGAGCUAAAACAUGCCUGGUAUGAAUCAGUACGUGGUAUUGUUUGUUAAUACCUGUUAGGACACCUGAGCUCAUUACUGUUGUUGUUCCUUCUCAGAUAUCAGCUAAUUCUCAGAUAUUUCACAGAGAUGCAGGAGGAUUUGCGCUAUUUGAUACAGUGAUGGAUAUCAUUUUUUGUAAAAAGUCAUGUUUAGAUCACAUCUGCGUGACAAAUUUCUCAAUUUUAUAUAUACACAAAAUUUGCAGGAAAAUAAAUGGAAUAAGAGGCAAAGCUGACAUGUUGUGCUAUUAAAUUAGCUCCUAACAAACAAUAAGCAGCAGAAAAUAAUGCAAAACCAGGUUACUAUUUUCAUUGAAAUAAACCAUUUGAUGAAAUAUCAAUUUUAAAAAAAAGAAUGU